UUUUAUUUAGAUCGAUUCUCAAUGGUCUGUUCUUUAGAGACGUCGUAUAAAAUUUAUAAUUAUUGAUAUAUUUCGUAUUUCUUUAGAAAAUUGUAAUUAGUUUCAUUAUUUGUUACGAUUACUUAAGCAAGUGUUAUAAAAAAGCCUUGACAAUGGGCAAUGAAAACUCUAUCCCUAUGGAACUGUGUUCAAACUCACGUGUUAACUGCAUUGAUUUUAAGGUGGAGAACUUCGACGCGGACGAGAUCCGCCGUCUGGGCAAGAGGUUCCGUAAGCUGGACUUGGACAACUCCGGCGCCCUGUCCAUCGACGAGUUCAUGUCCCUGCCGGAGCUGCAGCAGAACCCCCUCGUACAGCGCGUCAUUGACAUCUUCGACGCGGACGGGAACGGAGAGGUGGACUUCAAGGAGUUCAUCCAGGGCGUGUCUCAGUUCAGCGUGAAGGGUGACAAGCUGUCCAAGCUGCGGUUCGCGUUCCGCAUCUACGAUAUGGACAACGACGGAUACAUCUCAAACGGGGAGCUGUUCCAGGUCCUCAAGAUGAUGGUCGGCAACAACCUGAAGGACACUCAGCUGCAGCAGAUCGUGGACAAGACCAUUCUGUUCGCGGACCGCGACGAGGACGGGAAGAUCUCGUUCGAGGAGUUCUGUAGCGUGGUGGGCAACACGGAUAUACAUAAGAAGAUGGUCGUCGACGUGUAAGACGGCCGUCUGCUCCGGGGUCGACGAACUCGCGCCUAGUGCUCGCCCGCACUGGCCGCGGAGGACGCCGGUCCGUCCGUGGCUCGAGCUCGUGCGGACCCCGGACCGUUCCCUUCCCCUCUCACUCCUCGUGUCCAUUGGUCCUGGAUCUUCUCUCCUAGCUAGAACACUAUUCAAUUCGCCAUUCUUCGCAUGACAUACGUCACUAUAGGCCAUACAUGUUCACUUUACGUUUUAGGUAUACGAAGUUAGAUAAACCUUCAUCGUAGUCGAGAGAUAUGUAAUUUUAUAAUUUUGUUGCGAUAAUAUUAAUUUGUAUUGUUAUUUAGUGUUUUACGUUGGAAGCGUAGUCUGUAGGAGUCAUCCGCGAGUCGCCGCCGUGGAGACCCGCGCCCGUAUCAUGAUCCCCUCGGACCAUCCGUACCUUCUCUACUUUCUCUUAUCAGUAGUGAAUCGUGUUUGUAUCGUGUAACGUUCUUCUUCGUCAAACUCUAGAACAUCUCCCGCUCGAAGACAUCUCCACGGCGAUUCCACAAUCUUUUUAACUUUGUCCGAAUUUAAUACAAAUAAAGUAAGUAUAAAGAUAGCUAUUGUUAUAAUUGUAUAAUACGAGUGUAUCGAUCGUCGAGUCAUUAUUAUAUUAGCUGUUUAUUUCCCAUUCAUCCUUCCCACCCGACGCCCUCGACCGCUGGACGUAAACGAUUCAUAGGAGCCUCACACCGUCAGACACCGCGGUCACUGCACUGACCCGCCGGCGCUGGACCGUGGACCUUUACAUUCAGCGGCGUUGUCGUGACCCUCUCCCCCUCCCCCAGGUGUCGUGUCCGCUGCGGUGACGUCACCCCUCCCCGCUCCCCCUCCACCCCCGCCCCGCCCCCCGUGCCAUACGGACAGCUGUCGUCGGUCGUCGAUGGUGAGGAAGUGUUCCGCUCGCAGGUGACACGUCACAUUAAUGUAUGGAGCAGCGAACACACCAUCCUAGCAUCGGUAACGGUCGCACCGCGAUCGGUGUAAAGAUUAUUUUUAAAAUAGAAAUGGUACAAAUAUAUGUAAAAAUGUAUAUAUUAAAUGAAGCGAUAGUCUCCCGUCUCCGACCGAGCUGGCUGCCGGCCCGCCGGCGCAAGAGAAUCUUUAUAUCUAGUCACAGUUGUUGAGUUUGGAUAUUUAACAUUAUAUGUUAGUUUGAGCCUCGCUUCUUAAAGACCUCGUCGACGGUCGACCCGGAUGACGUGAAGACGUCGGUGUCGUGUUCAGGACCGCCCACCACCUCCACCCGCCAUGAACAGCCCUCCACCCGCCGCCCCCCGCCCGCCGCCUGACUCGGGGAUAAGCGAGACUUCGUAAUUCGAAAAUGAACAUCUAGCUAUAAAAUUGAAGCCUUAUUUGAGGGUGCGGCGACAUUAAACACUCGACGCGAGUGGAAUAUAAUUUUGUUUUUAAUGGUGGCUUUUAACAACCGCGAGUCGAACAAUGGAGCGUGCGGGUCAUGUGAUGUGACAUAACGACGGCGUCAUUAGCGUCGCCGUCGAGGAACCGCUCCCGAGCGGCCGCGGUGACGUCGGCAGCGGCCAGUGAGUGAUGUGUCAGAGCUCAGACCUCUCGUAUGACUUGUAUGGAGUAGAUGUUGUGUUGUCCGUCUUAACUCGGUGGCUAGAGCGUGUCUUUAUAAGUCUGUUCUCUCCAGAACCGAUUAUGUUUAAAUAAAUUUUCAAUUUCA